UCGUCCCUUCUUCUCAGCACCACACCAUCUUAGCGCUCAGACUAGACAAGCUGAUGAAGACGAGCGUAGAAGAGCCCCUGCUCGCCACGGGUUACGACAAGGAGGACAGAGAGAAUGCCGUGGCGGCGGAGGCGAAGCGGCUGCUGUGGCUGGCAGGGCCGCUGGUGGCGAGCGGCAUCCUCCGGAGCGCGCUCCAGAUGGUAUCAGUCAUGUUCGUUGGCCACCUCGGCGAGCUUCCCCUUGCCGGCGCCUCUCUAGCAACUUCCGUUACCAGCGUCACCGGUUUCACCUUGUUCAUUGGCAUGUCGGGCGCGCUGGACACGCUGUGCGGGCAGGCGUUCGGCGCAGGGCAGUACCACCUCCUGGGAGUCUACAAGCAGAGCGCCAUGGUGGCGCUCACGCUCACCUGCGUCCCAAUCGCCCUCGUCUGGGCCUGCGUCUCGCAGAUCCUGGUGUUCCUCGGCCAGGACCGGGCCAUCGCCGCCGAGGCCGGCUCCUACGCGUGGUGGCUGAUCCCGUCCCUCGUCCCGUACGUGCCACUCGUGUGCCACAUCAGGUUCUUGCAGGCGCAGAGCAUCGUUGUGCCGGUGAUGGCCAGCUCCGCCAUCACGGCUUUGGGGCACGUCUUGGUGUGCUGGGCGCUUGUGCACAAGGCCGGCAUGGGGAGCAAAGGCGCCGCGCUGAGCAACGCCGUCUCCUACUGCGUCAACUUGGCCAUACUGGCCAUCUAUGUGAGGGUGUCGGGUGCUUGCAAGCGGACGUGGACAGGGUUCUCCAUGGAGGCGUUUAAGGAGCUGCCACGGUUCGCCGAGCUCGCCCUCUCCUCCGCCAUGAUGGUCUGCUUGGAGCAGUGGUCGUUUGAACUGCUUGUACUGCUCUCUGGUCUUCUGCCCAAUCCUGCACUUGAAACCUCCGUACUGUCGAUAUGCCUUAACACUGGCGAUCUCAUCUUCAUGGUGGCAUCUGGUCUCUGCACUGCCAUAAGCACGCGCGUCUCCAAUGAACUUGGUGCCGGUCAUCCACAGGCAGCAAAGCGGGCAACCAACCUAGUCUUAUGCAUGGCCUUGUCUGAAGGAUUGGUGAUUGCCAUAACAAUGUUUCUCCUACGCAAUUACUGGGGUUAUGUGUACAGCAACGAGGAGGACGUUAUCAGCUACAUUGCUCGAAUGAUACCGAUUCUCGCGAUUUCAUACUUGAUAGAUGGGCUCCACAGUUCUCUUUCAGGUGUGCUAACUGGAUGUGGCAAGCAGAAGAUCGGCGCACGUGUCAGCCUCGGCGCAUUCUACUUGGCCGGCAUUCCCAUGGCAGUGUUGCUUGCAUUUGUCUUCCGUCUGAAUGGAAUGGGUCUUUGGCUAGGCAUCCUCUGCGGUAGCAUGACCAAGCUUUUCUUACUUAUGUGGAUUACAAUGUGUAUAAACUGGGAGAAAGAGGCAACUAAGGCAAAAGAAAUGGUGCUAAGGUCAUCUCUUCCGGUAGCAUGAAAAGAUAACAAGCAGCAGCUACCGGUUCAUGUAUAAGCUAGGCCCUUCAGAUUCGAGGUGCGAGGAUUCUAUCAGGAUGAGAUAGGGAAGAUAAAUUGAGGGCGAAAGAGAGGGAGAGAAAGUUUAAUUAUGCAUGUGUACCUUAUAUUUGGACAUAAGAUUGUACUAGAAAUUAUAAGCGAAAAAGUGGCAAUAUCCGCGUCGGCUACGGGCCAAGUAA